CACCCGCCGUGAUGGUCCGCCGCAGCUCCCAUCAUCCAGCAUAGCACUUAAGAUACGAUGACCACUCAGUACCAGCGAUCUGACCGCCAGAUCACGACAUCUUUAUAAGCCUUGUUUUCUCUUUGCGCAGAUCAGCUCGUAUUCUGAACCGCUCUAAGCCUAAACUUCAUCCUAAACAACGCCUCAACUCCAUACUGUUCCCCCGAUUGGGAACCAUCAUCGCACUCGCCCACGCUUGUCAGCAAUAGUCUCAAAUGGAGUGGGUACGGUGGAGAACGCAGAAUCAUGUUGCGCAGAGGAGUCUAGCAGAGUCAGCUGUUGAAUAAUACCUCGUCGCGCCCUCACCUCAUUCUUCUUGACUCUGGAAUUCACCCGGCUCGCCGCCGCUCAUACCAGCUAACGAUUGCAACGAUGAUGCUCAAACGCGCGCUCACAUCUGUGGUUCUCUUCACGGCCGGGGCCUUCACAGCCACAACGAGUCCAGGCUACUCGUGGAAUAUACCUUCAACAGUCAGCGGAGACUCCCUUUCUUUCGGAGAGCAUUACGCGGUGUUGAAUCUCGAUCUCAUCGAUGCCGUCGUGUCAUAUGUGAACACCACGACCGCAGGAGCGAGCUGGAUCAAGAACACAGCGAGGUGGAUUGACGCCGUCCACAAGCAGUCCCCUCCACCCCUCAGCAUCUUCACCCGGAUCUACUUCGCCAACACGCAGCGCCCCGAGAUCAGCGCCACCGAUCCUUUCGCCCAGGCGGUGUCGCUCCUCGGCAACAUCACCGACUCGAGUCCUCAGGGCCAGCUUUAUUCGGCUUUUCGGCCCCUGGACGACUGGGACGUGGUGUUGCAGAAAGUGCGGUACUACGCGGGGGCGGGUAACUCGCUAGAGGAGAUUCUCGCGAGUCAGAAGAUCGAUACCGUCGUUCUGUCUGGAAUUCGCACAUCGGGGGUAGUGAUUAACACCGCUCUGCGUCUGUUUGAUCUGAAUUACAAGGUAUAUGUCAUCGCGAAUAACACGAUCGAGACUCCUUCGACCUAUGCGCAGCAGAUCCAAGAGACGAUCUUGCAAGGGAUCUUACCAAAUAAUCCCAUCGACGUCAUCACGAUCGAGCAGGCCAUCAGUGCAUUGAACCGGUCGGGUCCGGCUGUCUAUUGA